AGUUUCUCAGUAACAGGACAAGCUGCAUUUUUCUGUCUUAUUAACUUCGAUAGACAGAAUUCUGUGUGAAUAUGCUGUACAUGGCAACCCUGCCACAGGUUGUCAGGAGCAGCUCAGCAAACAAAGUGCCUGGAGACUUCCACAACAAACUUUCUCUUCUUCUUUUAAUUCCCUUUCCCCCACAUCAUGGAUUCAUUAAUUUGUACAAAGUGUAAUAUGACUUUCAGAUCCAUGCAUUUUCUGGUGAAACAUAAGGAGAAGUUUUGUAUUGGAGCGGUUUCUCAAUCAGAGAGUCAGAAGAUAAGAGAAAAGAUCAGGAGGCAUCAGCAGCACCGGAGUUUGCCCAAGACUCAGGCGGUUAAGAGCAUGCAGACAUCUCAGCAUGAGCCUAAUCCUAAUCCUUACAACAAGCCAACAGAUCACUCAGACAGAUCAGAAGAUCAUUACACUCAAGACCUGGCUGAAGUUCACGAGUGCAAUGCAGUGCUAUCUGAUGGGCGCAAACAACUGGACAUGCAAAGACAAGAGAUUGAUUACAAGCUGCAAGAGUUGGCUGCUCAAAAUGGGAAAGUUGCUGAACUUGAGAGAAUGCUGUUAGAGCUGAAAGAACACGAGCAGAGAAACACAGUGUUACUGGAGACUCUAAUGGAUCAUCUACAGCAGAAUGGGCAGGACAGUCAUCAGAGCAAUGACACAAACCAGCAUGUAGCUAAUACUGAGGAGAGAGUAAUAGAAAAAUACAUACCUGUUUAUGGCUGUGGAGUGCUUUCUGCAGAAAUCAGUACCCUUCGCAUCUCCUAUCUCCAGAGUGGAGGAAAGGAUCCUCAAAUCCUGGCUCACCUGCAGCGUUUGUUAGACGCAGCCAUCAAAUUAGAAACACAGGCUAGGAAAACGCCUCUGCCCAAGACCAAACGUCAAAGGGACAAUAGAAAAUAUUUGAGCAGAGAACUUGUGUCCACAGAGCGUGAAAACCAGCGCUUGGAAGAGGAAAUCAUGAAACUGGAGUUAAGAAAGAGAACAUCCAGAACAACUCCAAACUUUCAACCUGCUGAGCAAGAGAUGAGAGCUGCAAAGAUGGACAUUGAUCUGUUAAAACAUGAGAUUGAGAUAAAUCGUCUGAGAAAGCAAAUUAUGAGCAGAAAAAUGGCACCCUCCAUAAUGACCUUUCCCCCUCUGGAGGAACCCAGAUCUCCACCUUUAACCAAACACCUCAUGAAAGAUUCAGAUGGCUUGUGUCCUAGUCCCUAUGAUCCAAUGACAGGUUUUGUGGUGUUUUAUGAUUUCCUCUUGGGCUUGUGCCCAUCAUACAGAGUUUGUCGGCUGAUGGUGGGGAUAUACAAUGGGGACAUAUGUUUGGGAAGCCCCUCCAUAUUACCCCCAGUUUACUGUGAUCCUGUAAGCUCUCCUCAGCACAGUGUAGAACAAAAGGCAAUCCUCGCCAGCAAGCAAGCAGUACCAGAGGUCCAGCCUGCUUCAUCGAUCUCUCUAGUGAUGCAGGUGCAGGCGUCAGGAGGUUAUGAUGUCUAUGGAUAUGAGGUGACACACUUAGCACCACGAGGCUGGCUGAAGCUCCACAUCUUCGACCAUCAAAAUCGUGUGAUUAGUGGGAGAUGGAAAGUACCCGUCCGUCUACUUCCAGCCAAACCGUCAAUGACGACGGCAGAAGUCAAUGCUGUUCCACAGUUGGACAAUGCGGAACUGUACCUGAGAAUCGUUAACACAAGAGAUGCUGAAGUUCAGAGCUCUGUUCCAAUUAGCAUCAACAAUGCUGGGAUCUACCAAUACCCCCCUGUGCAAACUCCUAGACACUUUUUGGGCAUGCAGAAGUCUCAUGAAGCCAUCCGAUCUCCAGCUGUUCAUAGUGCUCGGGUCCAUACAUCAGCCUUCAGUCAGCGCCUUGUAAACACUGCUUCUUAACCUGAAGUGACAUAAAAUGAGGUUUUGUCAGAGGAGAAAAAGAGACAUUUGACCAUUCACCAUUCUAAUAAAAGUACCCCAUUGUGUGUAUAAUUGAUUUUAUAAAACAAGGCAAAGCUUAUGUGCUAUUAAAUAUGGUUGGUAUGGCAGAGAACAGUGAAGAUCAAGUUUGUGUUACUGUGUUAUUGUA